AUGGUCAACGCCACCUCGGCCAGCCUCUCCGCGUCCGCCGCCUCCGUCAUGGCCAGCAACGCGACCCUCUUCGACACGGCGCUCCCGCCGCUGCCCGCCUACGACCUCCAGCCCCGAGCCGACCUCUGGUCGUGGUGCCCCGACUUUUGGCUGUCGCUCGUCGCGCCCGUCGUCGUCUACUGGGCCAUGAGCCUCUUCUUCCACACCAUUGACACGCUCGACCUUUUUCCCCAGUACCGCCUGCACACCCCCGACGAGAUUGCCCGCCGCAACCACGCUUCACGCUACGAGGUCGCCCGCGACGUCGUCAUCCAGCAGCUCAUCCAGGUCGUCACCGGCGCCCUCCUCCAGCUCGCCGAUCCUCCCGAGUACGUCGGCAAGGACGGCUAUGACAUUGCCGUUUGGGCCACUCGCGUGCGUCUCGCCCAGCGCGCCGUCCCGGGCAUGCUCGCCCUUGUUGGCCUCAACGCCACCGCCAUCUCUAAGAACGUGGCCGCCGCUCACCCCUUGCUCGCUGGUGCCGUCGCUGGCGGCUACUAUCCCUUCCUCAAGACCGACGCCAACGUGCCUGUCUUUGCCGCCUGGGAAAUGGCCGUCGCCCGCCUCAUCUACCAUGUCCUCGUCCCAGCCCUGCAGUUCUUCGUCGCCGUCUUCAUCCUCGACACCUGGCAGUACUUUUUGCAUCGCCUGAUGCACAUGAACCGCUGGCUCUACACAACUUUCCACUCGCGUCAUCACCGUCUCUACGUCCCCUACGCCUACGGGGCCCUCUACAACCACCCCUUUGAGGGCUUUCUCCUCGACACUCUCGGCGCCGGCAUCGGUUUCAAAAUUACCGGCAUGACCACCCUCCAGGGCACCUGCUUCUUCACCUUUUCCACCAUGAAGACCAUUGACGACCACUGCGGCUACGCCUUUCCCUGGGACCCCCUCCAGCUCAUCACCAACAACAAUGCCGCCUACCACGACAUUCACCACCAGACCUGGGGCAUCAAGACCAACUUUUCCCAGCCCUUCUUCACCUUUUGGGACGGCAUCCUCAGCACAAAAUACAAGGGCCCCCGCGCCAAUCGUCUCGUCGAUAAGAAGCGCGCCGCUGAAAAGACGGCGCCGGCGGUUCCGAAAUAA